AUGCCUUUUGAGAUGAAACAAGAAACCCCAGAACCCAUCAUCCUAUACUUUGACAAUCCCCACCCUUCCAACAACGAUGUCUCUCAACGCAUGGAGAGAGACCAACCCAGAUAUGCUACCACCAUUGACGCCCGGAAUGGGCAUGAACAAAUUAGCAGAGGCCCUACCGCCUACUCCGCCAAGAAAACCAUCGCCAGAACUAGACUGACAGCGCAGGAACCUAGAGUUCCUAGAAAACAACGAGCAGAAAGGCGGCAACAGCAACAGCAAUGGCAAAUGGGCCAGCAACCUGAACCAGAAGUAAGACUUGAAAAGACGGCCCUAGCCAAGCCGGAACACUAUGAUGGCAAUAAGAAAAAGUUUUGCGGAUUCAUGGAGUCGUUAGAACUUCAUUUUGGAGCAAACACCCAAUAUUUCAGAUCUGACGAAAACAAAAUCAUAUUUGCCUUAUCAUACAUGACCCUGGAAGUGGUGGCAGCUCCUAGGACCAAAUGGGUAGAAAGGAGGAAGGCCGCAGAAGAGAGAUCCGAUAUAGGGGAGACGACCCUGUUGGAAAGUUGGAUGUACUUCAAAAACACCCUCAAAGAACACUUCAAAGACUCGCAUGAGGAGGAGUGA